GAUAAAAAGUAGUUGCAGGGACAUAUAAGAUCGACUGACUUGCUCGAGCCGCUACGCCUCUUUCACGAAGAGGCGCUUGUGUGCGUUUCCAUAUUCACCUGUCAUACUUAAGAGCUUCGACUCAAUGUCUGGCCCUAAUAAUGAUGGCUUGGAAGGGGAAUUUCCAAGGAAACGUCCUUGGACCGAAGCCGAGGACGAGGCGAUCGUCUACGCACACGCGGAAUUAGGCAACAAGUGGUCUCAAGUGUCCCGGCAUAUACCAGGAAGAACCGAGAAUGACAUAAAGAACAGGUGGCACUCCACGGUCCGUGGCCGCAACAUCACUCGCUCCUCGCCGCUGCUUCCCAUAUACGCACGCACCGUGGCGCCCCACUGCGAUGAACCCGAGGCGCGUCGUGCGGCGCUGCAGCACGCCCUGCAGCGCAAGCAGCAACUGCAGCAGCAGGAGGCGCUGACGCAGCAACAGCUGCAUGAGCAGCAGCAGGAGCAGCAGCAGGAGCAGCAGCAGGAGCAGCGGCUUGCAUCUGACUACUGUUGCCACAGCGGCGAGGGCAAUGCUGCUGCUGCCAUGACCGCCGCCGCCGCUGUGCUUGCUGCCGCCUCGGCUGCGGUGUCGUGCUCCGGCGCGUACGGCGGCACGACGCCGAACACAGCAGCGGCCGGCCUAGACGUCCCUCCUGACUUCCCUCCUGACUGCUGCCUUUCAUCAUCAGGCCAGCAGAUGCUGCUGCCCUGCGGUCCCACCGCCACCACCUCCGAUGCGGGCGCCGGCUGCGCGGCUAUGGCGGAUGGUGUUAGCGCCGCCAGCGAAAAUGGCGGCGGUGACUCCGUGGUUGCGGAAGACAGGAGCAGCAACGUAGCCCGCCGGUGGGCCGGCACGGCGGCAGGAGAUUCCGCCGCCGCCGCUGGAUCACGGCAGCGUGCCCGCACCGUCCCCGGAUUGCUGCCGCCAGCAGCGGCCGCGGCGUGUAAGGCGGCAGCUGCGCCCAACCCCAUGCCACCGCCGGCAGCGGCGGCCGCAGCCUCGCCACGGUCUCAUCAGUCGCUCUCAUCAGGCCUGGAUACGUUGGGUCCCGGCGGUUGUCCGGGAGGCAGCUACGGCAUUCAAGAUGUGCGCUGCCACCUGCAGCAGCUGCUGUGGCAGGCCAGCCAUAUGCUACUGGAUGCACCGGCCGCUGAGCUGAUGCCAGCAGCAGCAGUAGUGCAGCAGCCGCAGCAGCAGCUGCAGCAGCCGGCUAGUGCUGCUGCUGCAACCGCCAUGGCUGUGGCCACGUGGAGCCCCCUGACUUCCGCCGCGUCCGCCGCGUCCACAGCGCCUGCACCCUUCUGCGGUCUCAUCACAAGCAGCUCGUCGCAGCCGCACGUGCAGCUGCAGGCGCAGCCGCAUUCCUUUGAUGUGAGCGUGACCUCAGCAGCACACAGCAGCCGGCUUAGGCAGCUGGUGGCUUGCAGCGGCGGCUACCGUUCCACCCUGCCGCCGCGGACGGAGCACGGGCAUGAGGUACAGCAGCAGCAGCAGCAGCAUACGCCCAUGGCGCUGCACCACGCAGCUGCUGCGGCAGUUGCCAGCGCCAUCACCGGUCCCCAUCUGCCCCUCGCCUUCCACACGUACGCCCAGCAGCAGUGGCCCACACUUGCCGCUGCUGCGAACCUGAUGGCCAGCGCGCCGGCCCUGACCCCGGGCGGCGUCAUCGGGGCGGCCCCAGCCCCUACGACUGCCCCGGGUGUUGGUGUUGGUGUUGGUGGUGGUGGUGUUGGUGGUGUUGGCGGCGGCGGCGGCAUGCGCUUUGACGCUCUGGACGCGCUGCUGGACCAGAUCGACCGCAUGGACGCGGCGCUGCUGGCGGGCAUAGGGCCGGCGUCGGAGGCGGCGGCAGGCGAGCAGGGCGGACUGAUCGAUGACGCGGUGAUGGCAGAGCUGCUGGGGGCACAGCCCGCAGCAGAGCCGCAGCAGCAGGCGGCAGGGCCCGUGCUGUUUGUGGAUGUGGCUAUGCAGCAGCCGCCGGCGCCCGGGUCUGCUGAGUCAGCGGCGGGGGCCUGCGGCUGGCGGGCACACGGUCCGGGGCCACAGCAGGGGGCCGCACUGGUGGCGGCGCACACGUUGGGUGGCUUGCCCACCCGCCCGCACUCUGCCAUCUCCAUCCUCGGCGAUGGCGGCGGAGGGGGCUCCUCCCCAUCCUGCCUUGACAUCUUUGAAGCCACCGCCCGCCGCAGCCAGCUGCUGCCACCAGCUGCGCGGCCGCCGCUGCCGCCACUGCGCACUACAGCAGGCGUGGGCGGCGGUGGCGCGUCCGGCCGUGUGCCCUUCUACACCCCCAGCAACACGCCCUCCGCCGCCGCAGCUGCAUCAGCGCUUACCGGCACUUUCGGCGGUGGCCCUUACGGCAACAGCAGCACCGCAUGCUCCCCACUACUGCUGUUUGGCGCGCGCUGCAGCAACAGCACAGACCGGGACGCUGCUGCUGCUGCCGGCAUGAGCGCCUCACAACAGGGGGGCGGGCGCUCUCGCCUCGGACUGUUUAGGGUCGCCGGUGGUGCCAGCCAUUAUCAUAGCGAUACCAGCAGCAGCGCGCUACUGUGCCUUGGCGCGAGGCCGGCGGCGGCAGCCCUUGUGACCGAUGCGCACUGCACGCUGGGUCUGGGCGAGUUGGACGUGCAGCAGGUGCUGGCGGGGGUGGCGGGCUGCUGCGGGGGUGAUGAUGAGGACAUGAUGGAGCUGUGAGCAGGUGCAUGCACGGUGCAUGAGCUGCUGCAUCGCAGUUUCGAUAGUACCGGCAGCAGGUCCGUCCGUACCGUAGCCGUUGGCACCCAAAACGUGUUUCCUGGGGAGGGACCACCUGGUAUACCGUACUCUGCAUUUGACAAAUCAGCUCGGGGCCUUCCUUACAGUACCCUACCCGAUGUCAAUAAUAAUCGUCCAUCCUUUGCUCAAUGUGUUGCGUCCGGCGCGGAUCUCGCGAUCAGCAAUGAUGUCUUCAUUCACGCACUGUGUAGGAGGUAGGGUGGAGUGUUUCGGGAGUGUUCCGGGAAGUGGGCCUGGUGCAUCAUUGUCUAUCUGCUGAAAACCCUGAGAAACAGGAAAGUACCUUUCCAUAAGAACUUGCGGAAGCACUCCUCUUGCACGUCCUCGCGUAGUUCAGCUAUUUACGAGCAGUUUUUACACGGCUGCGCUGCACCUACUGUUGCAUGUGCUCUGUUCAUGUGGAUGGGUGUGCCAAACCCAUUCGGUCAAUGUGCGUCAACAUGCUACAAUGAAAUUUAGACUUUUUGGAUGCCAUGUAUGAACUACUCGUGUCCAUUUACAAUCUGCACUAAACUGUGCGUGCGCCGCGUGCUUGAGCUGCAGCUGCUGCUGCUGCUGCUGCUGCUGCUGCUGCUGCUGCUGCUGCUGCUGCUGCUGCUGCUGUUUGAGCACGUGUGGAUCGAUUGUGCGUUACACUGCGCAGUGUGUGCUCAUGCUCAUGGACAACUGCCGCACUGCCGACUGGAGACUGCAGUUAACAACACUGCACACUGGGCACGCGGGUGUCAAAUGCGCCCUGCAACUGCCAUGCAUGUGUGCUAAAUGAACUUCAUGGGAGGAUUGGCAGAGGUGGGUACAUGCUGAUGAGGUAAAGCUAGCGCUUUUUGAUUGCGAGUAUGGUUGAUUGUAUGCGUAGUCGGCCCGUGUCGGCCAGUGAUCGCAUGAGGGCCCUUUCUUAUUACUGUAGCGACGUGCUGACAAUGCAAUUGUACACGACCGCGCGGCCGGCAAGUCAGAGACACACAGGCACAUGUGACAUGUGUGUGCCUGCAUUAUUUCCCGCGCGUGCAUGUGCAUAUGCAUACGAGUGAGGGCACCUGGCUCCCGGCCUUGUCCUGGCAUUGAUGUGCAACUGCGGCGCCUCAGCAGGUUACACCGGUCUUUACUAGUGGGCGUUAUUGAUUGCCUGGCACGGGCCCGACUCCUGCCCACUGCCAACCCAAGCACUGUCGGCGGUGUGCAGCGCGUGCUGCAGCAGCAGCAGCAGCAGCACUGGGCUGUGGCCACUGACAGCCAGCUGAUGUGGGUGGGUGGCGUGGCAGCCAGGCGGCAUGUUGGUAGGGGCUGCCAACACUACCAGCAUGUAUGCACUUGUUUUAGGUGGGGUUAGGGUGCAGGGGUCGAGCCGUUCCAAGUGGUGGGUGGAGCGGCGGGGAGGAGAACGCCGUUGGCAACGGGAGGCCUGGCCUAUCUAGUCUGGCGGACUGUGCGGCGGACCAGAGAGGAGGGCGGCCUUGAUGUGACAGGGCUUGAAGGACGGGGGCCUGCGGAGCUCUGGGGGGGGGGGCACUUGGGCAGACACAGGCUCUACCGUUCACUCGUCUGCUAGGGCGGUUAUCUGAGACUCCUUGUACAUUUGUACCAGCCUUCCUGGGGCCGAACGUAUGGGCCUAGACUUGUUGAGGCAUUGAUGACUAGGUGUGAGGCCAGUUUUGCUCGAUUUCCCGAAAUCCAUGAGGAGGCCAGGAGAGGUGGCCCCAAUCCGCCAUGUGCCCAGACAAAGAGUGGCUUAUGCCUAGACAGCCUACUAGCUAGGCUUGACACCCAAGACUUGUUCCCGGGGAAGGACCGCCCCGCCAAGGACCUGGAGAAGAUGAAAAGGACGCGGUGAAUGUAUUUGCGUAAGUGUGUAAGGUAUGUGCGACUGUGCGUGGGCCGGAUUCAUACCCUGACGCCACGAGCGAGGCAUGUCACCGAACGUGUAUGGCGGGGUUGGUUCUAGUUCGGAGAUCCUGAAGUUACUGAGUUUACGGAGGCGGGGUGGGACUGGGCGGGCAUGAUCGCGCAGGUGGCUAGCGUUGCGCAAGGAUGCCGCAACUCCGAAUGACACGGACUGGGGGUUCCAGAUGCCACGGAUGUAACGAACGUUUACU